UGGAGAGACAGAUCAUAGGCAGAAUGGAGGAACACACAGAGGCAGGCUCCGUACCAGGACUGGGAAACCAGAGGGUCUUAAUUAACAACUCUGCUGACAUCCUGGUCAUUGCUGCUUAUUUCCUGCUGGUCAUUGGUGUCGGCUUGUGGUCCAUGUGCAGAACCAACAGAGGCACCAUUGGCGGCUACUUCCUGGCAGGACGAAGCAUGGUGUGGUGGCCGGUCGGGGCCUCCCUCUUUGCCAGCAACAUCGGCAGUGGCCACUUUGUGGGCCUCGCAGGCACUGGUGCUGCAAGCGGUUUGGCUGUGGCUGGAUUUGAGUGGAAUGCGCUGUUCGUGGUGCUGUUACUGGGUUGGGUCUUCGCACCAGUGUACCUGACCGCGGGCGUCAUUACCAUGCCGCAGUACCUGCGCAAGCGCUUCGGAGGCCAUCGUAUCCGCCUCUACCUGUCAAUGCUCUCGCUUUUUCUGUACAUCUUCACCAAGAUUUCGGUGGACAUGUUCUCCGGGGCAGUAUUCAUUCAACAGGCUCUGGGCUGGAACAUCUAUGCCUCGGUCAUCGCUCUUCUGGGCAUCACCAUGAUCUACACUGUGACAGGAGGGCUGGCGGCACUGAUGUACACGGAUACCGUACAGACCUUCGUCAUUCUUGGGGGGGCCUUCAUCCUCAUGGGUUACGCCUUCCACGAGGUGGGCGGGUAUUCGGGGCUUUUCGAGAAAUACUUGGGAGCCGUGACAUCGCUGACGGUUUCUGAGGAUCCGGCGGUGGGUAACAUCUCAAGUUCCUGCUACCGACCCCGGCCUGACUCCUACCACCUGCUCCGGGACCCUGUGACGGGGGACCUGCCAUGGCCAGCACUGCUCCUGGGACUUACCAUCGUCUCGGGCUGGUACUGGUGCAGCGACCAGGUCAUCGUGCAGCGCUGUCUGGCCGGGAAGAGUCUGACCCACAUCAAGGCGGGCUGCAUACUGUGCGGCUACUUGAAGCUGAUGCCCAUGUUCCUCAUGGUCAUGCCAGGCAUGAUCAGCCGCAUUCUUUAUCCAGACGAGGUGGCGUGUGUGGUGCCCGAAGUGUGUAAACGCGUGUGCGGUACUGAGGUGGGCUGCUCCAAUAUCGCCUACCCACGGCUUGUCGUGAAGCUCAUGCCCAAUGGUCUGCGCGGACUCAUGCUGGCGGUCAUGCUGGCCGCGCUCAUGUCCUCGCUGGCUUCCAUCUUUAACAGCAGCAGCACGCUUUUCACCAUGGACAUCUACAUGCGCCUGCGGCCCCGUGCAGGCGAUCGCGAGCUGCUGCUCGUAGGACGGCUCUGGGUGGUGUUCAUCGUGGCGGUGUCCGUGGCCUGGCUACCCGUGGUGCAGGCAGCGCAGGGUGGGCAGCUCUUUGACUACAUUCAGGCAGUCUCCAGCUACCUGGCGCCACCUGUGUCGGCCGUCUUUGUGCUGGCGCUCUUUGUGCCCCGUGUCAAUGAAAAGGGUGCCUUCUGGGGACUGAUUGGGGGCCUGCUUAUGGGUCUGGCACGACUUAUUCCUGAGUUCUCCUUUGGCUCGGGCAGCUGUGUGCAGCCCUCAGCAUGCCCGGCGCUCCUCUGUGGCAUGCACUACCUCUACUUUGCCAUCGUGCUCUUCAUCUGCUCUGGCCUCCUCACCAUCGCAGUCUCACUGUGCACAGCACCCAUCCCCCGCAAGCAUCUCCACCGCCUGGUUUUCAGUCUGCGGCACAGCACGGAGGAGCGAGAGGACCUGGAUGCCGAUGCGCUGGAAGGUCCAACCUCACCCCCUACACAGAAUGGGUGUCCGGAGCACGCUGUGGAGAUGGAGGAUGCCAGACACAGAUUUAGUGCUGUGAUAGAAUUCGGAUAGAACCCUUGCCCUCAUGAAGUCUAUAAAUCGAAAGACAAUCAACAAAUAAACAAGCUGUUGGGCAGGCAGAGGAAAUCAUUUGUUCAAAGGUAAGAGGAAUGUGCUACGAAAGGAGGCGACCGAGGCGCCAAAGGCAGAGUAUAGUGCCCAAUUUGAAACAGAUGGCGGAGGUCCCGAUCAUUGGUCUACAGCUACAGCACUAAUUUUCUCUGGUGUUUCCUGCCCUGGAGUUGGAGGGGGUGCUCAGGGCACUGGGCUACAUGCAAUCCCCCACCAAGAACUGCUGUCUCUGAAAUGCCACUAGUGCCUUGUGGAGAAGCACUGCUCUGAAGUGAUUGUGGACAGACAGAUGGGCUUUUUACAUGGAUCUUGCGUGUCUUCUUGAGUCACUGCUCUGUGCCAGGUACUUAAGCCUGUGGUGAAGACAGGCUCUUUACUGAACUAUGCCUCAGUCUCCUCACCUGGAUGUGGCCAACCUGAAGGAAUUGUGAGGGUGAGCAGCCUGGCAGAGAGAAAGAGCUCAUAUUCACCCAUGUGACUCUCCAGCCUCACAACCACUUCACGCUGUCCUGCCCCUGGACCUUGACCCACACUCUUCUUUCUGCUUAAAAACAUCCACCCUUCACCUUAAACUUAUUCUUCAGGGCCCAGGCUUAGGGAAGAGGCCCAUCUCCUGACUCGGCUGGCCCCGACACUUCUCAUCUGGAAUACCUGUAGCUACAAUGUUAUAAACUUUUGUUUCCAAGAAAAAAAUGGGACGGCCUAUAUUUUAUGCCCAACAUGCAGUAGGCACUCAAAUAUUUUACCCAAAGAAUGAAAGACAGCCAGAGAGCUGGUCCCAAGAUGUUGACACUGGAACACCCUUUGUGUUUCAGCUCAGAGUUCCUCACCAAUCUUGUGGUUUCAGACAUUGUCUUAGACUAUGUGAGGAACUAUGUGGCUGGAGGAGAAUCAGAAAUAAGGUUGAGUAUGAGCAGAAACUCUGAAAUUUUUCACUUUUCUACAAGUGCUUUGAACACAGGGCCCAGGCUGGUCUCACCUGUGGGCCCCAAGUAAGCUCAGAUACAGCCCCAGCAAGGCAGGUACAGGGGGCCCGAGAGGUGGAUACCUUGGCCAGGUUGCUGGUACAGACGAUCAUGGUGAAAAACAUUGGAUAUAUGGGAGCCAUAAUCUCGAGGAACAUGGCUACAUCGUUGAGGAUAUCAGCAAAGAGCCUGGGGGGGGGGGGCAGAUCAGAGGUUAGAGAUCCGAAGGGAAGAGACCUCCAUAAUAGCUCUCCUCCUGUCUCAACCCC